AUGUCAGGCCAUCAUCACCACGAUCACGGCCAUGGCGACCACUGCCACGACGAGGGCCACGAUCAUUCAAAUGACAUCACUCCAGCCCUCCAAUCUCUGUUGUACUCUCAGAUACAGUUUGACAUGGUGUCUACCCUCAACGAAUCUGUUCCCCGCGCUGGCACUGCAAUCCUUCAAAAGUCAUGGGCCGAAAGAUUGAAUGAGCAACCUGAACUCGAGAGCGACGCCGACGAACAACUUUUGAUGCACAUCCCUUUCGCAGGACAGGUCAAACUACACUCGCUACUGAUCUACACUGCCCCGACACCUUCCGCUCCCAAGACCGUGAAGCUCUUCAAAAACCGCAACGACCUGGACUUCUCCAUGGCGUCAGACCUGAAUCCCACCCAGACCAUCGAAAUUCCACAGCCUGUUCCGGGAACCGACGUCUAUGACCUGCCUCUCAGUCGUGCCCUGUGGAACACCACUACAUCCAUCACUCUGUUCUUCGAGGACAAUUGGGGCGAAGAAGAGACCACCAAGGUCGGUUAUGUUGGCUUCAAGGGACAGUUCAUGGCGCUGAACCGUGAGCCUGUGAGCGUCAUGUAUGAGGCAGCUGCAAAUCCCAGCGAUCAUGUCGCUAUACAGGGUGUGAAUGGCAUCGGAGGAAGGAUUAUGCCGGGACAGUGA